AUGGAUGAGGCAAACCUCACAUCACUUGUCCCUGAAACACCAGGGAACACUUCUACCAACAGGAACACAUCCACAGGAGAUGUGGAUCGGAAAAUCCCAAUCGUGCACUGGGUCAUCUUGAGUAUCUCCCCAUUGGGAUUUGUCGAAAAUGGAAUUCUUCUGUGGUUUCUCUGUUUUCGGAUGAGGAGAAACCCCUUCACAGUCUACAUCACCCACCUAUCUAUUGCCGACAUUUCUCUACUGUUUUGUAUCUUUAUUUUAUCCGUUGACUAUGCUCUAGAUUAUGAGCUAUCUUCUGGGUAUUAUUAUACCAUUGUCACAUUAUCGGUGACCUUUCUGUUUGGCUACAACACUGGCCUCUACCUUCUAACAGCCAUCAGCGUAGAACGUUGUCUAUCAGUCCUGUACCCGAUCUGGUACCGAUGUCACCGCCCUAAACACCAGUCUGCUUGUGUUUGUGGCCUGCUCUGGGCUCUUUCUUGCUUGGUGACCACCAUGGAGCACGUCAUGUGCAUUGACAUUGGAAGAAAGGGCCACUCCCAGAGUGACUGCCGGGCAGUGAUUAUCUUCAUCUCCAUCUUGAGCUUCCUAGUGUUCACACCUCUCAUGGUGGUAUCCAGCGUGAUCCUGGUGGUGAAGAUCCGAAGGAAUAGCUGGACUUCUCAUUCAUCCAAGCUGUACAUAGUCAUCAUGGUCACCAUUAUCAUCUUCCUCAUUUUUGCCAUGCCCAUGAGACUUCUUUACCUCCUGUACUAUGAGUACUGGUCAAGGUUUGGGAACAUGCACCAUAUUUCCCUUCUCUUCUCUACCAUCAAUAGCAGUGCAAACCCUUUUAUUUACUUCUUUGUGGGCAGCAGUAAGAAGAAACCAUUUAAGGAGUCUUUAAAGGUAGUACUGAACAGGGCUUUCAAAGAUGAGAUGCAACUAAGACGCCAGGAAGACAACCCUAAUGCUAUUGCUGUUGAGACUGUGGUCUGA